UUUUGCUCACUUUUCAAGGCACCCCAUUUCUUUCAGCUACCUCCUACGGACCACUCUACAUUCCCCGUUCCGUUUCAGACCAGUUAUCCCUUUCAUUUGCCACCGACCGCCGUUCCCACUUUCUUGUCGCUUUCUUUUUCUCUAGACUUUAAAACCCUUCCUUCUUCCAUUCUCAACCAGUACUCAUUUUUCUAACUAUUCACUCCUCGCCUUAUCUCUUGAACUCCUUGUGUAUCUCUCUCCAAUGGCCAAGAUCAAGAUUGGAAUCAACGGAUUUGGAAGGAUUGGGAGAUUGGUAGCAAGGGUUGCUCUCCAGAGAAAUGAUGUUGAACUUGUUGCUGUUAACGACCCUUUUAUCACCACUGAUUACAUGACCUACAUGUUCAAGUACGACAGUGUUCACGGCCAAUGGAAGCAUGAAGACGUGAAGGUUAAGGACUCCAAGACUCUUCUCUUUGGUGAGCAGGCUGUUACAGUUUUUGGUAUCAGGAAUCCAGAGGAGAUCCCAUGGGGUGAGACUGGAGCUGAAUAUAUUGUAGAGUCCACUGGUGUUUUCACAGACAAAGACAAGGCUGCUGCCCAUUUGAAGGGUGGUGCAAAGAAAGUUAUUAUCUCAGCUCCCAGCAAAGAUGCUCCCAUGUUUGUUGUGGGAGUCAAUGAGAAGGAAUACAAACCAGAUCUUGAUGUUAUAUCUAAUGCUAGCUGCACUACCAACUGUCUUGCUCCUCUUGCAAAGGUCAUUAACGAUAGAUUUGGGAUUGUGGAGGGCCUGAUGACCACUGUUCACUCAAUGACAGCCACCCAAAAGACUGUUGAUGGACCAUCUAUGAAAGACUGGAGAGGUGGAAGAGCUGCUUCAUUCAACAUCAUUCCUAGCAGUACUGGAGCUGCUAAGGCUGUUGGCAAAGUGCUUCCUGCUUUGAACGGAAAACUUACUGGGAUGGCUUUCCGUGUCCCUACAGUUGAUGUUUCAGUUGUUGACCUAACAGUGAGGUUGGAGAAGCCAGCGUCAUAUGAAGAUAUUAAAGCUGCCAUCAAGGAGGAGUCCGAGGGGAACUUGAAAGGAAUUUUGGGUUACACCGAAGAUGAGGUGGUGUCCACUGAUUUUUUGGGUGACAACAGGUCAAGUAUUUUCGACGCCAAGGCUGGGAUCGCACUGAACAAAAACUACGUGAAGCUCAUCUCGUGGUACGACAAUGAGUUAGGCUACAGUACCCGUGUUAUUGAUUUGAUUGUUCACAUCGCUUCUGUCAAUUAAGAUGAAGAUGAGAUGGCCUUCCUAUAUUAGCGCUUUACUUUUCAGCAGUUUGUCUGAGGCUCUAUCCACGAGUGAGUUGAGAAAAUAAGAAAACGGAGUAUUAAAAAAGCUUCUUUUUACUCUUUUGAACCUCUUCCCAUUUGGUCAAAAGCUCUGUUGCUUUGCCAAUGUGACUCUUCAAUUUUCACUGCAUCUUCUGUUUUGUUCUGUUCUUCCUCAAUGAAGGAGGUAUCUAUGCUAAGACAUGAUGUUUCCCAUUGCCUUAUUUUUCAUUUUUUUGUUUGGCUGUUGAUUAUUAUUGAUGAUAGAUAUUGUUUUCGAUUUU